CUGUUACAGCCGCAUUUAAAUCUCAAUAUGCAGCAUUAUGUAGAAAGUGGAGUAAAAAUGAGGACAUUGUUAAGUCAAGUCUGGGAUGGGCACACACACCGAUGAUCCCGACAUUGACGAUGUCGACACGGAAAUGAUCGACGACGAUGGCAAUACGAAGUUGCUAAUAGAAGCAGAGGAAGGAAACGUGGAAGCUGUUGAGAUUCAUCUCUCACAUUCAUCCGUAUGCUUUACAGACGAAGGAGAGAAUACUGCAUUGCACUGGAGCGCGAGGAAGGGACACACGAAUCUGGUGAAGCUUCUCAUUCCUUUUUAUACAUCAGUGGACGUGAUCAAUGUGAAUCGAAUGACGCCCAUGCAUGUGUGCGCCUCAAAUGGACACCUCGACAUUGUAAAGUUAUUAUUACUCCGCUCUAGAUUGAGUUCCCGUGACAAGGGUGGAAGGACACCUCUUCACUUGGCCUGUGAAAGUGAUGCCAUUGACAUCGUGAACUUCCUUCUUCCCCACUCAUUCCCUAAUAUGGGCGACGGGUUCGGUUACACAUGCUGCGCUUUUUCCGCAAAAAGAAGCAAAAUGAAUGUUCUGAGAUGCCUUAUCCCACACUCUCUUAUGAACUGUCCUGACUGCAUAGGCCAAUCGCUAACGCAAACCUGUGCAAAUUAUUAUAUGAGAGAAGAACUGGUGACAUUAUUGCCAUAUUCUUGUGACGAUGACGGUGCGAAUUUAUUGCCGAUUCACCCACUGUCGUUUUGGGAGGACGAUAUCAGUAUAAUAAGAACGCCUUGUCUGAAACAUAUGGUUCUCCACUCAAGUGUCACGGCAGUAGAUGCGUGUUUCCGUGAAACACCCAACUACAUUGGAAUGUGUAAUGUAUUUAUUGAUCCAAUCCUGCGUCGAAAAAAGACUGAGAGAUCACUAUUCCUGAAUUAUAUUUCUCUCUUGCUUCCGCACGCAAGUAUUUCUGCUUAUGAGGAUAAAGGCAAGAAACUAUUAAAAGCUUCACCACGGGCUUGCAACAUUGGACCAAUAUUGGCAGUUUCAUUGGCGUAUUACCAGACCUGUGUUGCACAGCCUAUAUACUGGAGCAACGUAACUUAUAUUGGCUGCCAAUCUUGGACCGAUAUGUGACCAAUGAUGGUGUGCUGUUUGUAGAGAUAUGUUUCAGUUACCCAAUUAAAUGUUCGUAGGCAUCUUGUGCUUGCACCACAUCACGUAAAACUGCUUUCAUACCGUGCAUUCGUGCUGCCCAAACUCGAAUACUCAUCGGCCAUAUAAGAUCCCCAUCAAGAGUACUUCAUUCAAGCAUUAUCUAGAGUCAGUUCAAAAUGUGCUUCGUUACAUCUAAUUAUUCCAGAGACGCGAGUGUUUCACGUAUAAAGAAAAAAGCUUGACGUCGAUCUUCUCUCGUCAAGACGGUUGAUAGCCAGGCUGUGUCUCUUCCAUAAAAUGUAUCACAACACAAACACUCGCGAUCGUCUCCUAGUCCCUGCUAACGACAUUUCAUCUCGUCUGAACGACAUCCAUAUGAUUAAGCUUCUCCAUUGUAAUAUCACUUCCUUUCUAAAAGAAUUAUUUGGUAAAACAACUAGUGACUGGAAUCGUGAGCCUGAACAUGUUGGUCGUACACACGACACUGCUGGUUUUAAGGUCACUCUCCUCCAAUUGAGGGCUUCAGAUUCAUCAUGCUCUUCCCAUGGUGCAUCUGGUCUUCUUUCCUUGUCAGCUCGAUAUUUCUUAUUUAUUUACUUUUUGUAGUACUUUUGUUGUGUGUUUCUAUUGUACUUUUUCCUAUGUGUUACUCACCACUCCGUUAUGUAAUACGCUCUUGAGGUCUUUAAAGUACUUAAAUAAAUAAACAAGUAAAGUCACUUAUAUCUGUUUCAGUUACAUACAGUAUAAUUGGAACGAGGUCCGCGUAAAAACAACUCUCAAAAUAAAUGUUUAUUGUAGCACUCGUAGUGUCGACCGUCGUAAUUGCCAGUGCAUCUAAUGCGCGUUUGUGAUAAGCAGUUGUAUUUUCUCGGUGUUUUCUCGAGUAAGCUCAAACCGGUUGAGUGCCAAGAUACUUCUUCAAAACAACAAAAGGUAGUUUGCGCAGUAAGAACCGUCUAAAGAAAGACAUGGGGACGUCUGAGGCUGAUCCAGUGAUAAGACCUCACUUCAUUGUGGUUCUAACGUGAAAGAACUGAUGUUCUGAGGCUGGAACGACACAGAGAGGACAAAUAGAUACAAAGUCUCAAAUUGCCUAAGAAAUUAACGAGAGAGAUGGAAGCCACUUCAGAGGAUAGCCAGCUGUGGGACUCGAACCCACUCGGUAAUCCAGAAGAUGUGAGUUCGUGUCCUACAGCUGGCUAACCUCUUCAAUGGUUCAUCGUCGUGGUUGUAAGUUACUCCCUCAAAAUAUAUACAGAUCAAUAUAUUGCAGUCAGCUCCCGUGGCACAGAGGGUUAAGAUGAUCACUUUCCACGCCCAGACUGGGACGUGACGCGGGUUCGAACCCCCUCACCGGCUGCGCUGCCUGAUGUUCUCCCUGCGUUUUCCGAAGACUUUCCAGACGAAUGUCGGCCCAGUUCCCCCUGAAGUCGGCCCAAGACACGUACUAACUCCCACUCCUUCCUGCUGUCCUCUCUCCAUGUGUCCACAUCUGUACGCUGCUCAUAGCCACAGUUGCUUCGCGGCGCUGACGCGGAAAUAAAUGAAAAUAUAUUGCAACUAUACAACUACAGGUUGUUGGAACAAAAUGGACACUACUUUUUCAGAAUAUUUCAUUACCAUAAUUAUCUAAUUACGCAAGUAACUACCCAGAUUGCAUUUCACUUUCAUGGGACACAGUAACAACCUAGAUGCUGUGCGUGCAAACUAGCGUUAUAAGUAUGUAAAAAUAUGCUAAAAAAUAUGUACAAUCUAGCAGCCAUUCGAAUGUACACAUAUCAGGCGAAAUUCGACGGAAGAAACAAAUGGUUGAUUAUUUACACUGUUUGCAUUAUCUGAAUCCCUCGCUGAAAACACGAAAGGUUCCUUAUAGCAACGCGCCCAUACUUGACGCAUAUCUACCGAUUAGACCAGUGAAGCAGUGAUUCCUGCUCCCCUAGCGAAAAAGAGAGGCGGUGCUCGAGGAAGUCACGGAGCAAACCCAUAACAAGGGUAAGUCUGGGAUGCAUUGCUCGAAUACAUGCGAUUCUGAGCUACAGCCAGACAUUGGAACUUCUAGAGUACGUAUGACGCAACAAUACUACAACUAAUACUACUACAAUAAUAAUACAACUAAUAAGAAUUCAUAUUAUUAGUAGUAGUAGUAUUAUUACCUAGUACUAAAGAGGUCCGCUUUCACCAACGUUGCUUACCCUUGAACCGAGAUGAAGCGUUGUUAAAACUUGAACUUAUCGCUUAAUUCUUUUUUUGUAACCGUUAGUUGGUUCCGUGAUGAAUGUUUCAGUAACAAUAACUCCCUCUCGUGAAUCAUAAGUCAUAACUAAAUGUUCAAUUAAAGUUAAGGGAGCGUUGAUCUCGGUUCAGGUGUGAAUCGACGUCGGUGAAACCGGGCUAAAAUAGCAUAAACGCAGGUUAUCUAGUGGACGAAAUCAAUUCAGGAGCUUCCUUGCGUAUGAAAGGUGAAAGUCACUGAAAAGGUUAGCCAGCUGUAGGACUCGAACCCGGGUUUGUCCAUUCAGAUGACGCACCCUGGAAGUCGCCGAGAAGGCGUGUUAGCUUAGCUCAAUUGGUAGAGCCCUGGACUGGCAAUCCAGAAGAUGUGGGUUCGAGUCCUACAGCUGGCUUACUUUUUCACUGACUUUCAUCUUUCAUCGUUAAUUUCUUAGGCAAAUUGAGGCUUUGUAUGUAUUUGUCCCUUCUAUGUUGUUCCAGUCUCAAAACAUCAGUUCUUUCAUGUUCCUUGCGUAUUUUCGUCUAAUUCUCGUUGCCCAUUGCUCUGCCUAAUACCCUAAAUGCACUGACUCGCGAACCACAUCGCGCGCAAUGGUCAUUGGGCAGUGAUCGUGAUCGUCCUCAGUUGCGUUCAAUGCGAGUCUCGCCGAUAGAGAUCAACAACACUUGUCCCCGUUCGCGAACGUGAUCACGCACUCCAAAGAGGAUAAGCGCAUGCGCAGAGGAUCGUUUUCUCCCUCGCAUACUCGCAACUCCUCCUUCCGGUUCCGGACUGGCAAGAUGGGGAUAGAGUCAUUAAACAGGGGUACAGAGUAUCGCAUUCCUUUUCCGUGCCGGAGCCCCCGUUAGGUGUCCGCAAUUGGACCGAUCGUGUCACGUGGUUUCUCUUUCCCAAGAAUAGGCCGUCCAUGCAGAGUUCCCUCGACUAUCCUUGCCUUUGCUGACCAAGAGCGAGGGACGCUCCGCCUCCUGGAUGCCGGCCAAUAGGAAGGCGUGGAGGUCAGGCACUUACCAAGCCUCUGCUCUCGCCUAAGAGAUGACGCAGCUUUACCGUUGGUUCGUGUGUGUCGCAAGGCUUCUGCCAUAGCGUAGCAAUCUAACCAACGGCUUCACCGUCCGUCAUCAUGAAAACGACGACUGGAACGUUAUGUAGACGUCGUUAUCUACAGCAAAAAAAUGUAAAGUUGGGAAUAUAUAAUUCACAGUUUGUUUCUA